AUGGAGUUGGAACAACAAAAAAGUAUGCAAUCAAAAAUAAGUCGAAAUGGUGAAUACUUUGUAGCAAGAUUGCUUUGGAAAUCAAAUAAUAUUACUAUGCCGGAUAAUUACUUAAUGGCGCUGCGUAGACUUCAGUGCUUUGAGCGCAAGCUGCACUCCAAUGUAACGUUGCAAAGCUGGGUGUGUGAUCACAUCGAUGACAUGAAGUCGAAAGGUUAUAUACGCCAGCUGAAACUUAACGAAGCCGAGGGGUAUUAUCCACGUAAGUGGUACUUAGCUAUGUUUACAGUCAGUAAUCCGAAUAAACCACAAAAGCGAAGACUAGUGUGGGAUGUAGCUGCACAAUAUGACGGAGUUUCGUUAAACGCGUGUUUGGAGAAAGGUCCAGAUCUGCUCACUUCGUUUGUAGAUGUUCUUGUUAAUUUCAGAAUCGGAAAAAUUGGUAUAAGUGGCGACAUUAAAGAGAUGUUUCAUCGAGUACUCGUGAAAGAAGAAGUUGAACAUUCACAACGUUUCCUGUGGAGAAAUUGUGACGAUUGCAGACCCCCAGACGUUUAUUUGCUACUAGUUAUGAGUUUUGGGGCAACAUGUUCACCAUCGUUUGCACAACUGGUAAAAAAUAGUAAUGCACGCGAAUACGAAAUCGAGUUUCCGCGAGCAGUGAAAUGUAUUUUACAAAGGCAUUAUGUAGAUGAUAUGCUGGAUAGCGUCGACACAGUGGAGGAAGCGAUUAAUCUAGUCAAUGAGGUUAGAAAUAUUCAUAAGAAAGCAAAUUUCCAUAUUCGCAAUUGGGUUUCAAAUUCUAACGCGGUGCUGCAAGCUGUAGUUUGGCGAAGUGGAGUUAGCUGGGAUGACGCUAUUCCUAAUGAGCUAGUUGAUGAGUGGAACAAAUGGCUGUCGCUGUUUGGCUGUGUGAAAAAUGUGAAGAUACCGAGAUGUUACUUCGCUACGGUUAAUAAGGAUUCAGAUUCAGAUGAGGUUGCAUAUGCAGCGGUGGUGUACGUAAGAGCGAAGAGUCGCAACAACAUAGAUGUUUCCUUGAUAUGUUCUAAAGCAAAAGUUGCACCAUUACGACCAAUAUCAAUUCCAAGACUGGAACUACUCGCGGCGGAAUUGGGAGCACGCUUAGGAAACAACAUCAAAAGGUCAAUAGACUUGAAAGUGACCAGUAUAACGUAUUGGAGCGAUUCAAAGGCUGUUCUAUCGUGGAUAAAAUCUGACCCACGAGAUUACAAACAAUUUGUAAUGUUCCGUAUAGCAGAAAUCCAGGAGUUGUCCGAGGCAGAACAAUGGCGGUACAUUCCUACUAAAUUAAAUGUUGCGGACUUGGCUACAAAACAAUCUAGUAAUCCAGACUUUACUUGGAAAAACCCUUGGUAUAAGGGACCGAAGUUCCUGUAUGAAGCAGAAACUUGUUGGCCAAAUAAUGUUGGCGUACAGAAAUAUAACGAAGAUUCUGAAAUCAGAAAGCAACGAUUGUUGGUGGCUCAUGUAGCAGAGGAGGAACCUCUCAUAGAUGUGUACCGAUUUUUAGAGUGGGAACGUUUAAAAUCUGUAAAUCAAUGCUUGUCAGUUGAGGAACUGAAGUGGAUUGAAAAUUUUUUGUACCAGACAGCCCAGUUACAGGAUUACAAGAAAGAAAUGACCGCAUUAAGUAGAGACGCUAAUAUUACUCUUUCUAAAAUUAGCUCUUUGCGAAAACUUUCACCAUUCAUAGAUGCACAGAAUGUUUUAAGAUUGAAAGUUAGAUUAGAUAAAGCCGUAUGCAUCGCUGAUUCAAUCAAAUUCCCAAUUAUACUAUCAAGGAAAAACUACAUAACUAAGUUGAUCGUAGACUGGUAUCAUCGAAAAUGGAAACAUCUAAAUCAUGAAACGGUGGUUAACGAAAUCUUUCAGAAAUACCACAUUCUGGGACUGCGUAGACUGUUAAAGCAGGUAAGAAAUAAUUGUCAACAUUGCAAGGUUCGUGAUGCGAGUCCAAAGCCGCCGGAGAUGAGUGUGUUACCAGAAGCACGACUAUCAGCAUACUCCCGACCAUUCUCAGAUGUUGGAAUAGAUUAUUUUGGCUCGUAUACUGUAACAGUAGGAAGGCGCUCAGAGAAGCGCUAUGGCGUCGUUUUUACAUGCCUUACGUGUCGAGCAGUGCCUUUGGAGAUAGCUUAUAGCCUGUCAGCCAGCUCGUGUUGUAUAGUGAUACGAAAUUUCAUAGCCCGAAGAGGAGUGCCGAAUGUCAUCUAUAGUGACAAUGGAACCAACUUAACAGCCGCUGAAAAGGAGUUACGAGAAUCAAUAAAGAACGUGGACUUCAAUGAAUUGCAAGCUGAAUUUACAAGUCCGGAAACACGAUGGGUUUUUCUUCCACCAGCUGCGCCGCACAUGGGUGGAGCGUGGGAGCGGAUGGUGCGAUCCAUAAAAACAGUGUUAGGAGCAAUAAUAAGUCCGCAAGCAAAAAUUAAUGAUGAAAAGAUGCAUAACCUGUUCUGCGAGGUAGAAUCAAUCGUAAAUAGCAGACCGCUCACUUAUUUGUCGAUUGAAACAGCAAGCGAAGAAGCGUUAACUCCGAAUCAUUUCUUGUUGGGGUCAUCUUCCGGGAACAAGCCGCCGGGGAAGUUCGAUACUAACGACGAGCACGUGAAAUCCUCCUGGAGGCAUUCGCAAUACCUUGCCGAUCGGUUCUGGAAAAAAUGGAUACAAGAGGUGCUUCCAACGAUGACAAGACUGACGAAAUGGUUUGGUAAGAUAAAACCCAUCGAAGCAGGUGAUGUCGUCAUUAUUGUUGACCCAAAUUCUCCUCGCUACACAUGGCCGAAAGGAAUUGUAAUUAGUGCCAUUAAAGCACGGGACGGGCAGACCAGGAGCGCCGUAGUGCAGACUACUCGAGGGCAAUAUCAUAGACCUGCAGCAAAAUUAGCCGUAUUAGAUGUUCGUGGAGCGGCAGUUUAG